AUGUUUAAAAAGGCGACCACACCAGCCACUGCCUCUGCUGAUGAGAACGGAGAAGGAGAGGAUUUGAAUUAUAGAUAUUGUGAUCUAAGCAUCCUGCCACCCGCUCCUCAAUCAACAAAACAUUUGGUGUCCUUAAUACUCAGCCACAACCGAUUCGAAAUAGUGCCUCCAGAGAUAUGCAAUCACAAAACACUGAAACACUUAUAUUUAUCAUCAAACCAAAUCAAAACACUCCCAGCUCGCAUAUCAGAACUGACGAAACUAGAAACACUAUGCCUCGAAGCUAAUUUAUUGACAUCACACGCAAUCGAAGAUGCAAAACUAGACAAAUUAGUGAAUCUGAGCAAAUUGUUACUUGUUGGGAAUCAGUUGACGACGUUUCCUGAAAGUAUAUGUGGGAUUACAAAGCUGACGAGGCUGGGUUUAUCGCAUAAUCAGUUGACUGAGAUACCAGACAAGAUUACCAAACUGACCAACUUGCAAUGGUUGGGUCUGGCAUACAAUCGUCUAAAAACGCUGAAUCCCCUGAUUGCUAAAAUACCGACACUGAGAGGAGUGACUCUCGCUGGAAAUGAUUUCGAGCGAGAAUGGUCUGAAGCUUCCAAGAUGCGGAAUCUGGUCUCUGUAAUGCACGUGUCUCCCGACCACAUUCCAGAAGAAGCAGGUGUAACAAAACCAGAACACAAUCUCGUCGUCACAACGACAGCAACAGGCCCAACAGAACUCGAAAUGAAGAAACUCUUUGCAAUCCCAGGUCCCUUCUCUGCAGGUCACGAAUCACGAUACUCCAUGACAUCUAUAUCAACAUCCAUGUCCUCCAUAUCAAACGAAUCACACACACUUCACGAAGAAAGCGCCCUCAUCAUGCCUACCGUCCCAGAAGGCGAAACAUUACCUGGGUCAGGUCUAUCAAUCAAUGCCGAAACAGCAUCAGCGUUCAACCUUGGUGGAAAUAAACCUAUUGUGCCAUCACCGCUAGCUACUGAAUCGUUGAAUGCGCAAUCUGAUGAUGUGCAGCAACAGCAACAACCGGGAAUACCAACCAUAUCGGCUGAUGAUGAUGGGUUGGAGAAAGAAGGUACCGGUAGUGAUGAUGAGUCUAAGGGUCCAGCAAACCCGAACAUACAGCGCUUGAGAGGAAACUCUGGUGCUUCCCUGUCUGCUACGAAUCAGCGGGAGGGGUCAAUCGCUAGUAUGGGUGUUGAGGAGGUGUUUAGGUGUGGGACGUGUAGCAAGGAGAUUGAUGCUGAAUAUGUGUCUGCUUGUGAUAAGACGUAUCAUCCAGAGUGUUUUACUUGUGCGACAUGCACGGAAAUGCUCAACGAAUUCUUUGAAUACGAGGGUAAAGCAUACUGCCCGACACACAUCCACGCAGCCAAAGGUCUAUUAUGUUUCUCAUGCAACAAGCCACUCACUACCGAUUACUUGUUGGCGUCUGGUAAAGGAUUCCACACUGAAUGCUUUGUAUGCAGUAAAUGUAAAACGAGCUUGGAGACACGGCCUUGGAUGGGUGAUGAUCAUGGUAUCUUAACGUGCUUUGAUUGUCUUGGGUCUAUGAAUUUGCCAUAA